GCUGAUGGUGGACAUCCUCCAGAGGCUCCAGAGGAGGCAACUUCGGGGGCCUUGGCUUUGACCCAGCAGGCUCAACUCAAGGGAGUUGCAGCUGCUUUGGAUGUGGAUGAUCGAGUAUCUCAUGCAAUGCAAGAAGAAUCUGUUUUGGACAUGAUGAAAAAGCAGGUAGAGUUGGAAGAAUCAUCUGCACCAACAGCAGACACAAUCAAGGCUGUCGAAGAGGAGAUUAAGGACAAGCAAAGAGUCUUUCAUUCUGCCACCACUGCGGAUGCGGCUGCGGCUGCAAGCAAUGCUGAUCAGGCUGAUCAGGCGGCAGGUGACGGUGCGAGUGUGUUUGAAGCUUGGACGCCGAAGCCAAAUCCAGACUCCUGUGAAGAAAUAGAGCCCAAACUGGAUGAUGGCAAGGACACGGGUAGCAUAGUUGCUAUUGCUGUUCCUACAGCUGCUACAGGGCUUGCUGCUCAGGAACAAUCUUGUGAGAAGGGAGUGCCUGAGGAGAACAAAGUCACAGUUGACACGGUCAUUGACACGGUUGAAGUUGAAGUUCAAGAGCUUCAGGCUCCUGAAGAAGAGGGCAAAGCAGACAAAGCACAUUCAACAGCUGUUGAACCAGCUUCCACAGCCACAGCGGAAAGGAAAGACACUGCCGCUCAGGAACUGCGUGACAUUCCUGCUGCAGAUCAAGCACCUGACCAAGCUUGUGAUGAGGGCCAAGAGAAAGCUUGUGAUGCUGAUGAGACAAUUUCAGAGGCGCUUGGCAACCUUAUGCUUCAAGAAGAGCUUAAGUUGGACUCUGAGUUUGAGCCUGAGCCUUCAACACAGCCGGCUGAUGCCAGCAGCAAAGCUGAUGUCCAUGCUGGAGAGCAGUGUGAGGGCAAGCAGUGCUUGCUUGUUCGCAAGCCAUGCUCUACGGUACAAUCCUUGCAAGAAGCUUUUGACUUCUGGGACAACUGCUUUGACAUUCUUUGCGAUGGCAAGGAGUCCGAGGAGUGCUUUGAGCUUUUAGACAGACUCGAGCAUUCCUUGCAAAGCAAUUCCUUAUCUACUGCAUUUUCCGGAGUUAGAGCUCCUGAGACAUCUGCAAAUGUUUUGAGAUUCCGCCUUGGAGAAAGAUUGGGAAGAGAGAUCAAGAAUGACCAGGGGAAAUUACAACACAUGAUCGAGUGGAACAAGCACUGCCAAGAGGAGUGUUUGUUGGCGGCAAAGCUGGAGAACUCCUGCUUGUUUGGCGAUAUUUGCCAGUUCUAUCGAGAGGAACUCCGUCAGACUUUGAUUCCUCAAUUGCAGCAGAAACCGAACACGGCAAUCCAAGCUUUGACCCCAUUGAUCCUUUCUGGCCGAGCGGUGACAACUGUUGGCCAUUGUCGUACCUACCACUGUGACUGUGGCUGUGGAUUGCCACAGUGCUUUGACAUCUUCAUCUUCAAGUUCCAAACCAUCAGGGAGGUGCAAGUCAUGUCAGCCAAGGCUGAAGCCAAGCCGGUCAAGGCUGGCAAGCUUACAGGGCUUGACCCAAGUUCGAAGCCUGCUGAUCUUGACCUUUAUGAUCCCAAAUGCGGCAUUGAAGAUCUCUUUGGAAGUUUGAGUGGUGCUGCACUGCUUGAGAGGAUGCUUCUUUGGUAUCAAGUGGACGAGAUUCAGUGCAUGCCGUGGUUCAGUGAAGACAGCCAAGGCCAUUCUCGAACCAUCGUGCGGUCGCCCUUCAGUCGAGAGCUGCAGGAGUCAACAAUUGCGAGGUACCAGUCCAGGAUCUAUGAUGAGGGAUUGAGCCAAGUGGUUUCAGGACUGCUGAGCCAGUGGAUUUUCGGGGUGGGGCUGGGCGGGCUGGGCGAAUAUAAGAUCGCGCUUAUCCUGUGCUUGCUUUGGGCUUUAAUCAUCGCGCGGAAAGCUUCUACAGGUUUGAAGAAAGUUCGAGUCUUGCACUGGAACACGCCAGAUUGUGUGCAGCAGAAGGCCCUUCGGCUGGAGACAGCAUGGAAAAGUGAAUGCUGCACGACCAAGUUGAACACAUACAACCCGAAGUACCAAGCUGCGUACGAAGAGUUCGUUUUGAAGAAGAGUUCAAGCAGUGAUUACUCGGGCUUCUUUAAGGCCAAGCAGCCAUUCUACAGCGCCAUUAGCUUGGCGCACAACUUGCAGAAUUUGAACAUCUACACUCGGUUUGAGGUUUGGUGCAAUACAUACGUGGACUACUUGGAUACCCGAUACAAUCCUCAUACCUGUGUGGCACAAAUGCAUGCGAUCACAGUGAUGAUUGUGAAUGGCCAGAAGAAAUUCAUCUCCAAGGAGAAAAUGGGCUACAUUGUUUUCGAAGCUUUGAAAGCCUGUGUUCCUGUUUCUGCCGCAAACGUGGCCAAGUCUUCCGGGAGAAGUUUGACCUUUGUGUUCAACAGGGGCGGCUCUGAGAUCGGCAAGCUGAUGAACUUGAUCAAUCUACCCAUGGAGAAUAGUGCUGUGGUUCGCAAGAUGCUCAAGAAAGACGCUCCUGGCUCUUCCACAAGCACCGCUGUCAGCAAGCCGAAGACGGCAGAUGUCACCUUGCAGGUCAAGGCACAGCUGUGUGGAGUCAGUUCCUUGGGCAUUCAGUUGAAGCCCGGCGAAUUGAAGAAGUUGCAUGGUGCCAAAGGUGCUGGCUGUGAGAGCGAGGUUGACUGCAACACUGAAGCAGCCACUGGUGAGGGUCAGGUUUCUGGUGGGAAGACAGGCGGUGGCGGUAGCAGCAUGGAUGCCCAGGCAUCUGCAUCAUGUGAGCAGUCAACAGAGAAAGCCGAUGGUGAAAAGCCCAGCGAACCUCCCCCCAAGCGGCAAAAGAUUGGAAAGGUGAACCAGAAGAGGAACCAGUUCAAAGGCUAUGGGGAUCAAGAGAAGGCUUCCUUCCAGGUGACAUUACAAACAACGAGCGGUGAGAGCAGAGCAUUGACUGCCAUUGACGACAUGAUUCGAGCUUUGGACUAUGUCAUUGAUUGGCUCGUAGCAAGCAAGACCUUGCAAGAAGCUGAUGUUACAUCAGAUCGUGUCAUGUCCACCUACGGGUUUUGUGUCAGCCUUUUCCUCGAGUUUGCCUGGACAGGCAAGACAUUGGUGACAGCGAACGAGCAGCUUGCUGCACCAUUUGAAUUGGAUGGCGGGUCUGGUCAAGCAGAUGCAACGGAUGGAAAGGCCUUGAACCCUUUGGAGCUUGCGGCAAUGUUGUGCCAGACGUUCUUGAACAAGCCAGUGACUUCGGUGAUUUGGGAUGUGACUGAUGACCCUGAAGAGCAAAUCGUGAAGAACAUUGCUGAAUCAAUGCAGAAGGGCUUGGGCCAGGACAUCAAAGAGUUUGUCUCUUCGACUUUGCAUCUUCCAGUGGUAAUGCAUGCUGGACCUCGUGAUGCUUUGCAGCAGAUCUUUUCCUUGCCUCCCAAGGGAACACUCAACUUGAUAGACUUGUUGGCAGUGGUCUUCACCUCCAUUUGCCAGCACUUUCCACCGGCCUGGUGUGGAUUCGGGUUUGAUGUUGCUACGGCCUAUGCCGACCGACACCACUUCGUUGAAGACACGGACAAGGCUUGGUGUUUGGCACGCUGGAGAAUCUACACUCUUUUUGUCAGCCUCCGCCUCAAGUACCUCAUUAAUAUCUUGAGGGAAGUGUUGCCAAAGGUGAUCAUCAAUGAUGUGGGCAGCCAUGAGAUGAAGGACGCUUUGGUGCAGAUUGCUAGCUUGUCAUUUGAAGGCCCUGAGUUUGAGAUCCUCGUCGUUUUCGACUCAAUCCAAUUCGCGCAAACAUGGGCACGUGAAUGGGCGGAUCUGCUCUUGAAGGCCCGCAAUGUGGAGCACUUGGCUAAGCUCGUCCGGGCCAUGCCAACUGUUGUGGCAGCAGGGGGUGGUGGGACAGAUGCUCCUGAGCAGUCUGAGCUCGGCCAACCCAGCCAAGGAUCGCGAAGAGAAGGAGUCUCUACUGGGCCCAAUGGCAAAGAAGAUGUCCAGGGCACGGGUGGUGCGUCAACCGAAAUGACACUUCUCGCAGUCAAUUCGUUCCGAGACACGGGUUCAUUCGAGAGCUUCAAAAUGCUUGAGUACUCUGAUGACUUCAAGGAGACGCACCCAGAGCCAAACAAUGACAACACCACCGAAUCCAAGGAAUUGAAGGAGGAGGACAAUGGGGAUGAAGAUGGGGCAGUACGUGCUGUUGCUCCCCUGCAGCCCAAGAGGUUGUUGGACCCACUCUUUGUCAAGAUCUUGGAGAGAAAAAUUGAAAUUCUUCAAUGGGAGAUGUUUGACUACUUUCAGUCGGGCAGUGACAACGUUCGAGUGAACUUGAAUAGCAAGAAGGAUCAAUUCUAUGUGAAAGUUCCUAUUUGUGGGAAGCUAUGCAUGCCCUUUGCUGGGAGUAUCUCUGCAGCACAGCCCACGAGCACCAACAAGAAUCAGAGGUCCUUGUUCUGCACCUUCCUUGGGAUGCAUUUUUAUGUGCAGUCCAAGGCUGUGGAUCUUCAGCAGGCCGACCUCUUGAUUCCAGCUUGGACGAUGAAGACGGUGCCAAAGCAACAGGAUUGCUUCUUUGUGCAGGAGCCCGUCGAGUGUUCUUUUGUUGCUUUGGCCACUCCCAAUGAUGAGCUCAUGAACAUGUCGCUGCGCUUGGUGACCAAGGAGAAUGAGGUCGACAUCCGGGCAUUAUGCAAACAAUGCACAGCUUCAGGUUGGGGAAAGGCUCGCUUGCAAACGUUGGUGCCAAUCUCAAACCUUGACACCAAGCUGGCAGAUGAUCUUCAGAAAGAGAAGGAGAAAGCUGAGAAGACCGCCAAGAACUUGGUCCAAGCAGCCAUGCGCCGAAAUCAAGCUCGUGAAACCAAAGAAGUCAAAAGACAAAAGAAAAACCAGGCAAAUGCUGAGAAUGCCGUGGAGCGAUUGCAGCUUGAAGUAGAGACUAAGAAAAAGGAAUUGGACAAGAUCGCUCACGCUGAGCGUGAGGAAUCACACGUCCAGGAUGCGAUUGAGAAGGCCUUGGCUUUGGUCAAACCCCGAACAUCUGUUCCAUUGACAGUCCUGGCUCCGACCCAACCUUCAGAGAGGAGUGCCCGCGCCAAGGCUAUGCAGAGUGCUUUGAAGGCUGCAGAGGAACAACUGGAACGAGCGGAGGCUUGCACAGCUCCGGGGCCGCCGCCAGAGACUCCUGGCCAGGAUGCUGCUCUUGGGGUGCAGGCAGUCAUGGUGGCUUUGCGCAAUGAUGGUUCUUUGGUGCGAAAAACGGUUGUGAAGGCCAAGAAAGACGACAAAGCCUUGACAACUUCUGAGAUGAGGAAGCUGGGAAAACAUUUGCUGAAAUGA